AUGACAUCCACAUCGGAUAACAUUGAGAAUCUUAAUGUGGCCUCUACACAAUCUAAAAAUGAUAUGACCAAGGUUGAUCAAAAAUUAAAUGAUCAAUCCGAUUAUAUGCUUGGUCAUGAUCCACAUGAUCAGCAUUUAAUUCAAAGUGAUAAACAAAACUCUUUACUUUUUCAAUCAGAAUAUCGUUCAUUACCGAAAUUUGAUGGUUCGGGAAAUGCGGAACAUUGGUUAAAAAACCUUAUUGACAGAUUCGAUUCAUUACAAAUUACAUUUAGUGAACGAUAUGAAUUAAUUCCUAAUGUAUUGAUUGGUGAUGCAUUUAUUUGGUAUGCUAAACAACAAGAUCAUAUGCCAACAUUUAUUUCCUUUACAAAAAAAUUUCUGCAAUAUUACGGUCAUCAAGACCUAAAUGAAAAAUUAUCAACAACUUUUAUUUCACCUUCUACACAAAUGCAACAAUUCCAAUCUACUGAUUCUAAAAAAAUUGUUUUGGAUUCUCUUCGAAACCAAAUGUUAAUAAAUAGUCUUGAAAAAUUACCGAAAUUCACAGGUAAAUUAAAACAAAAUGUAUCUAAAUGGUUACGAGAAAUUCAGCAAUCAUUGCAUAUGUUCAAAUUAUCGGAUGAAGAAAAAUUAUUUUUUAUACCUUCAUGUUUAGAAGCUGAUGCCAAAGAUUGGUUUUACGAUAAUAUGCAUUUAUUUUCAACAUGGACUAUAUUUAGAGUCGAUAUCCCUAAAGCGAACGGACAUCUUGGAGGUCUCCAUUGUAAUUCUGAUAUUUCUGUCAUUUUUCAUCAUAAAAUAAUUAUUUUUAUAUCACGGGAAUGA